CGAGGGGACGCUGCGCCGGGGCCGGGCGGUCGCCACCGCCCAGAGAGCUCGUGCUGCUGUGCUGCCCUGUGCUGCACUCCGUCCUCGUCCGCUAACCCUUUGCCGUCCCCCGCACCGGUGACGAGGGGGCGGGGUCCGGCGGCGAGCUGGGAAAGGCGGGAGCGCUGGCGCCCAGGCGUGUUCUUCCACAGGGGCCGGGCGGCGCAGAGGACAGGGUCCGAGCAGUCGGAGGAGGAGGAGGACCAGAAGAUGCCGCUGCCGCUGCUACCCCAGGGGGAAGCCGGGGAGUCCAGCCCGUCCCGGGCCUCCAAGAAGCACGGCGCUUUCCACAUCUGGCGCUCCAAAAAGAAGCAGCAGCCUCCGCCGUCGGCCUGCGGCGUGUUCGUCCCGCACCCGCCGCCCGCGCUGGUCCCCGAGGCCAGAGCUCUGGAGGUGGCAGAUGGAAGCGCUGUGGCUGGGGAGUCCCAGGAAGGCGCACUGCUCUGUGGGGAGUCUCAGUUCUUUUGUACCACCCGGGAGGCAUCUGGUCCUUUCCCCACAGAGUCUGGAAUGUUGAAAAAGUCCAGAGCACAACCAGCAGAAGAGAACAGAAGGAAGCCAGUUUUGGGGAAACUUGGCACUCUAUUCGCGACAGGAAGGAGAAGGAACAUCAGGAACGGUCUAGAGAGUCCCACCAGCUCGAUUGCUAAACCAGUCUCCCCCAAAUUUGUAACCUCUUCUAAACUCCCUGAAAGAGAGAGUGAGAAGAGUAAAUCUCAGAGCAGCCAACCAAAGCAAACGGACGCGAGCGAGGAGGGCGCCCCGCUGCAGAGGCCCCUUGAGGCAGACGGCGAGACUGGCUGCGUCCAGGCAGCACCCCCUGACGCCGAGCUAUCACCUUGCUCUAGCAGCAGUGCAGCGGCUACAGCUGUGCAGCAGUGCCCUGAAAGUGAUUCACCCCAAUUAGAACCUCUGGAAGCAGAGGGAGAGACUUUCCCAGAUGCCACCGCUGGUGCCAAGCAGCUGCAUUCCUCACCCGGGAAUUCCUCCAGGCAAGAGGAGUUAGAGACGCCCUCCCGCAAUCCGAGGGAGGACGCUUCGCUCCGCUCUGCCUGCGAACAGGAGAUUUCUCCGGGUGCAAGGGGUGUGUCGGGGUCGCCCACCCGGGAGCGUGGGGCGGGAGGUCUAGGCGAGGCCCUUGACGGAGUCCCCAGAGUGUGUGCCGAGGGAGGCUCUCCGGAGCUCCUAGACGGGCGCAGCCAGCCCCUCGAGGACGCAUCUGCUCUGCCAGGUGACCCUUCAAACAAGGGGGCCGAGAGCAGUCCCGGUUCCGGGCAGGCCAGCGGCACAGCCCGGCCCGGAGGGAGUGAUUCCCGGGCGGGCGAGCGCACGCAUCCCGCCACGGUGUUGACUUUGGACAUAUACUUGAGUAAGACUGAAGUGGAACAGGUGGACGAGCCGGUCCUCAUUACCGACAAGACAGAAGAUUGCGGAGACUCGGACGACAUGGAAAAGAAGUCGAGCGGGCGCAGGUCCGGGAGGCGGAGGAAGUCGCAGAAAUCCACGGACUCCCCAGGUGCAGACGCCGAGCUGCCCGAGAGCGCGGCGAGGGACGACGCGGUGUUUGACUACGAGGUGGCGCCAAACGCGGCCACCGACAGCGUCUCUGCCGAAAAGAAAGUGAAAUCUCCGCCAGAGGCCCCCGACGGGGGCGUUGCCUCCGCCGGGAGCCCAGAGUCCAAGCCCAGCCCCAGCCCCAGCCCCAAAGGGCAGCUCCGAGGCGAGUCGGAGCGGAGCAAACAGCCGCUCCCGGCCUCGUCCCCCACCAAGAGGAAGGGCAGGAUCCGCGCCCCCGAGGCCGUGCCCGCGCCGCCCGCCAGCGGCCCGCGGGCUCCCAGCAAGGAGUCCCCACCCAAGAGGGCGCCCGACUCCGGCCCCGGCCCCGGCCCGGCCGCCAGAAGUGCGGCGGCCGACAGCGGGGAGGAGGCGGCGCGGGUGGUGCCCCGCGAGCUCACGGUCAGGAGCAGCUCGCUGCUGCCGGAGAUCAAGCCCGAGCACAAAAGGGGCCCGCUGCCCAAUCAUUUCGACGGCCGGGCAGAGGGAGGUCGAAGCAGAGAGCUGGGCAGAUCGGCCGGAGCCUCCGGACCUGCUGACGCCGACAGUUUGAAGCCCAGGAACCAUUUCGGUGCGGGCAGGUCGACGGUGACCACCAAAGUGACCCUCCCUGCCAAGCCCAAGCAUGUGGAACUAAAUCUUAAACCCCCUAAGAAUCUUGACAGUUUGGGAAAUGAGCAUAAUCCAUUUAGCCAGCCAGUUCAUAAGGGAAACACUGCCACGAAAAUCUCCUUAUUUGAAAACAAACGGGCAAAUAGUAGCCCAAGACACACUGACAUUCGAGUCACCAGGAACACUCCUGCUUCUAAUAAAACCUAUGUUGGGAGGGCGAAACUGAACUUAGCUAAAAAAGCCAAAGAAAUGGAGCAACCGGAAAAGAAAGUGACAGUAAACAGUCACCAGAACAGUGUGCUGGUGAGGGAAACCUCUGCAGAAGGCAAAGUGCCUCGCCCUGAAGAAGAGACUCUGCCAGCAGCCCGAGGAAGGCCAGGCGGGCCGACUGCAGAGCCAGCUCUUGGUUCUCAGCCUCACCAAGGUGCUGCCGCAGAUGUGCAGACAGAUGCCAGCUGCCCUUCAGAACCAGCGGCCACUGCGCUGAUUCCUGUGAAGGACCCUCAGCUCUUAAGAGAGGACAACUCAAAGACUGCUGCCAGUGAAAGAUGUGUACUUGAAAAUAUGACUGAUACAGCACAGGACAUCCCCGCCGCUGUUGAUACCAAAGAUGCACCUCCAGCAGCUUCACCGCAGGGUCAACUUCCUGACUCCCCGCCCCCAGCCCAGCCGUCUAACGGGCCUUCUCUGUCACUGUCAGCACCCUGUCCCGUGGACGCUCCCCAAAACGCGUGCGUCCACUCUCCCGUAAACGGUUUUCUGUGCACCAAUCUGAAAGUGUCAGAAAACCAUCGAGGAUGUAUUUUGCCUCAGGAUAAGGAAAACACGCCACUCUCCAAACUGGGAGGGGAAACAAGCCCUCCUUUGUCGGCAGAGCCCAGCCCAGAGACUGUGGGAAACGAGUGUCCAUCCAAGGUCCUGGUCCAGGUCAGGUCCUUCGUGCUCCCCGUGGAAAGCACCCAGGACAUAAGCUCCCACCUCAUCUCCGAGAGCUCUGAAGUUAGAGAAGUGCAGUUGCCAAGUUGUCACAAUAAUGAACUUGAGGUGGUUUCCGUUGCAAGUUGUGCUCCGCAGCAAGAGGAAGUAGUGGGCAACAGGAGCCCGUCACCCAAACAUGCUCAUUGCAAAGAGGAACGUGUGGCACAAUCUGCCCCAGAAGUCACGCCUUCAGACUCGAAGAGAACUCUGCCUCUUCAGGCUCAGACUCAGGGCCACAAAACACCCCUGACGACCGAAUUCAGUCCUCCUGUCACCCCCCACGGUGGAAAUCACUUACAUACUCUUCAAAGGCCAGGUGGAAGUGUUGUGAAUGGCCAGAGUAGCCCUGACAGUCUUUUGAACAAUUCUGCUAAUAGUGAUGACAGUGUGCUUGAUUCUUCUUCUGAUAUGGAAAAAUUCACUGAAAUUAUAAAGAAGAUGGACAGUGCCGUUUGUGUGCCCCUGAAGAAAAAGAAGGCCAGGGUGCCCAACUCUCCCGCCCCUCACUUUGCCAUGCCUCCAAUUCACGAAGACAAUUUAGAAAAGGUGUUUGAUCCCAACGUGUUUACCUUUGGGUUGGGGAAGAAAGAAAACCAAGGAGAAAUGUCACCGGCUUCACAUCUGAUGCAGAACCUUGACACAAAAUCCAAACUGAGACCCAAACGUGCAUCCACUGAGCAGAGCAUUCUCUUCAAGUCCUUGCACACUAACACCAACGGGAAAAACGAAACUGUCGUGACUCCAGCACCAAAUGACAAAGAGAACAGGGACGUCACCAAUGGUGGAGUGAAGAGAUCCAGGCUAGAAAAAAGCGCACUUUUUUCAAGCUUAUUAUCUUCUCUACCACAAGACAAAAUCUUUGCUCCCUCUGUGACAUCAGUCAAUACUAUGACCACAACUUUCAGCACUUCUCAGAACAGUUCCCUAUCUCAGCCUUCAGUGCCACAGCCCAUGACUGAGGGUGCCCCGCCCUGUGGUUCAAACAAAGAACAGCCAAAUCUUCCACCCAGCAACUCCUUAAAGGUCUUCAAUUUUGACUCAUCAAGUACAUCUCAUUCGGGUUUGAAAAGUCCAAGCCACGUGGAGAAAUACCUGCAAAAAGAGGAAACCAAGGAAGAUCUAGAUUCACGGAGCAACCUUCACUUGCCAGAAACUACAUUUUCUGAAUUUUCAAAACCGAAGAACAACGAAAAUAUGGAAAAGGCUAAUCAUAUAGAAAGUGUUUUUAAAUCAAGCCUGUCCAACUAUGGAAACAGUGACACCGACUUUGUGGGUCUUUUCAAAUCAAGCCGGUAUGACCCGAGCAUUUCUUUUUCUGGAAUGUCAUUAUCAGAUACAACGACCUUUAGAGGAAGUAUACAAAAUAAACUCAAUCCCCGACCUGGAAAGGUAGUGAUAUAUAGUGAACCCGAUGUCUCUGAGAAGUGCAUUGAAGUUUUCAGUGAUAUUCAGGAUUGCAGUUCCUGGGGCCUCUCUCCACUGAUACUCGUGAAAGUUGUAAGAGGAUGUUGGAUUUUGUAUGAGAAGCCAAAUUUUGAAGGGCACUCUAUCCCCUUAGAAGAAGGAGAACUGGAACUCUCUGGUCUCUGGGCUGUAGAAGAAGUUUUGGAAAAGAAUGAGGAAGCAGAGUCUGAUCGGCCCGUGAUGAUUGGUUCAAUCAGACUUAUGGUCCAGGAUUAUAGAAUUAGUCAAAUCGACUUAUUCACUGAACCAGACGGGUUGGGAAUCCUCAGUUCCUACUUUGAUGAUACCGAAGAAGUGCAGGGAUUUGGUGUAAUGCAGAAGACUUGUUCCAUUAAAGUCCAUCAGGGCACAUGGCUUAUUUAUGAAGAACCUGGAUUUCAGGGUAUCCCUUGCAUCCUGGAGCCUGGUGAAUACCCUGACUUAUCCUUCUGGGAUACAGAAGCAGCAUACAUCGGAUCCAUGCGGCCUCUGAAAAUGGGUGGCCGUAAAGUUGAAUUCCCUACAGAUCCAAAGGUAGUUAUUUAUGAAAAGCCAUUCUUUGAAGGAAAAUGUAUGGAACUAGAAACAGACAUGUGUAGUUUCGUCACAGACAGUGGUGAAACGGAAGAAACAACUGGAGGUGGUCGUUUGCCGUUCACGUCAGUGGGGUCCAUGAAAGUUCUAAGAGGCAUCUGGGUUGCAUAUGAGAAGCCUGAAUUUACUGGUCAUCAGUAUUUGCUAGAGGAAGGAGAAUACAGGGACUGGAAAGACUGGGGAGGUUACGACAGAGAACUUCAGUCUUUACGACCUAUCUUAGGUGAUUUUUCAAAUGCUCACAUGAUUAUGUACAGUGAAAAAAACUUUGGAUCCAAAGGUUCCAGUAUUGACGUAUUGGGGAUUGUUGCUAAUUUAAAGGAGACUGGAUAUGGAGUGAAGACACAGUCCAUUAACGUACUGAGCGGAGUAUGGGUAGCCUAUGAAAAUCCUGACUUCACAGGAGAACAGUACAUACUGGAUAAAGGAUUUUAUACCACUUUUGAGGACUGGGGAGGCAAAAAUUGUAAGAUCUCUUCUGUUCAACCCAUAUGUUUGGAUUCUUUCACUGGCCCAACGAGACGAAAUCAGAUUCACUUAUUUUCAGAACCACAGUUUCAAGGUCACAGUCAGUGUUUUGAAGAAACAACAAGUCAAAUUGAUGGUUCAUUUUCUACCAUGUCCUGCAGAGUUUCUGGAGGCAGCUGGGUGGCAUACGAUGGAGAAAACUUCUCUGGCAAUCAGUACAUACUGGAGGAAGGCCAUUACCCUUGUCUCUCUGCAAUGGGCUGCCUGCCUGGAGCAACUUUCAAGUCUCUUCGUUUCAUAGAUGUUGAAUUUUCUGAACCAACAAUUAUUCUUUUUGAAAGAGAAGACUUCAAAGGAAAAAAGGUUGAACUCAAUGCAGAAACAGUUAAUCUCCGAUCCCUGGGAUUCAACACGCAAAUCCGCUCUCUCCAGGUUAUUGGUGGCAUAUGGGUUACUUAUGAGUAUGGCAAUUACAGAGGUCGACAGUUCUUACUGUCACCAGCUGAAGUGCCUAAUUGGUAUGAAUUCAGUGGCUGUCGGCAAAUAGGUUCUUUACGACCUUUUGUGCAGAAACGAAUUCAUUUCAGACUUCGAAACAAAGCAACAGGGUUAUUCAUGUCAACCAAUGGAAACUUAGAGGAUUUGAAGCUUCUUAGAAUACAAGUCAUGGAGGAUGUCGGUGCUGAUGAUCAGAUUUGGAUUUAUCAAGAAGGAUGCAUAAAAUGCAGGAUAGCAGAAGACUGCUGCCUGACGAUCGUGGGCAGCCUGGUAACAUCCGGCUCCAAGCUCGGCCUGGCCCUGGACCAGAACGCCGACAGCCAGUUCUGGAGCAUGAAGUCGGAUGGCAGGAUCUACAGCAAGUUGAAGCCGCAUUUAGUUUUAGAUGUCAAAGGGGGUACACAGUAUGAUCAAAAUCACAUUAUCCUUAACACUGUCAGCAAUGAGAAGUUAACACAAGUGUGGGAAGCCAUGGUCCUGUAAACCUGAACGGAGAAUGCAGGAGGAAUCUUUCUGGAGGUCCUUCCAGCCAUCUUGCUUAAACAAAAGGACGAUGCUGACAGCCGGGCCAAUGUGAAAGUGGCUCUGCUGCUUCUUCAGUAACUCUAAGUUCAACCUGGAAUCACACUGCUGUGACUGAAUUGUCUCACCCUUUCAAAAGACUACAAUAGUUUUAAACUGAUCAUUUGUCUUCCUUUUAUUUCAUUUCCUUGUAGUAGCUGCUUAAUAGGUUGCCUUAUUAGCAGCUUUUGGGUGUUUUUUAAAAAUGUUACAGCAAGACAUCAAAACUAGAAACAUUUAAAAUUAUUUCCAAAGACAGUGACAGGACAGAACAGAAACAAGUUUACUGACUUUGUAGACCUACAAAUCCCUUAUACUUUAAAGGGAAGAAUAAAAGCUCAACUUUGUAAGGUAGGAGACUUUUUGGCAUCUGAGAAGAAAUACUUUAUUAUGCCUGUAAUAUUGGUUCUUGGCCUUAAUAUCUUUCAGAACCAUUAAUUAUGCUGCAGGGCAAAGUAGGAAAGCCUUAUAUAUGCAGAUAUAUUUUAAGGAACUCAGUAAGUAUAAAUAAAAUACUAUUUUCUUUCUGAUAUUAAAAACUGGUAAAUUUAUAAAAUUCCAUGUCCAUGUCUGCUAACAUUUACUAGCAGGAUUUGAAUUAUUUUACUCACCCGUAGAAUGUCACAAAGAGUUUAAUGCCUUUCUCGCAGCUGCUGCGGAAACACUAUUAUGUGCCCUGAUUUAUCAGCCCAAGGUUAUACAAUAUAUUGCUGAACUCAGACCCUUUAGUCUAAUUUCCUGCCUUCCUAUCUAGCUACCUCAGCCUUCCUAGUGGUCUUUCACAACCGUGCCCUGGGGCUCCACAGAAGGUGGGCAGCAUGUCUCUGCCUCCUGACAACAGAAUUGAGAGGUGUGAAACGGGGAUGACCAGCAAUUAUCUCCAGGAAGAAAAGGGAAAGAGACUUUAAUUGAUGUUCGUUGGCCAAAUCUUAGAACUCUGAGAACCCUAAAAUGCAAUAAGCAUGUCAAGAAUGCAAACUGAAACAGUCUAACUGCUGACGACACUGGUCCUCAGGCUGCUGUUGGAACAGUGGGCUCUAGUUUUGAACCAAAUUGCCAACACUUCCGUGAAUACAUGUCCUCUACUUUUUGGCCUCGUCACUGAAGACCAGUGCUCUUGUCAUUGGUAGAACCUUGCUUCCUCCUCACCUGUUCAGGUGUGUUUGUGGUUCUAAGAUGAUCCUCCCCAGAGUCUGUGGUGGGCGUGUACUGUCAUUAGAGCAGUAUCCUCAGUCUAAAGUCAGAUUUGCACUUGCACGAAGCCAUCCAGGAGGCGUGACCUACGAGGCUCUGAGCUUAGACCUUUUGUGCGUGUCAGUGCAGCAUGGCGGAGAAAGACAUUCCACGACAGCCUGUGAUCUUGAUUAAACUUGUUUCUGGUUAAUGACACUGAUGAAAUCCGAGAGAUGAAGCUGCUGAAUGGACUCUUAACGCUCAAUGAGUCGGCCAGCAUAUAAGACCAAAGUGCCUGAUGAUGAGACGGGCUGAGGAUGCUUCAAUAUUAACCGCCCUCCUUCUACACUGGGUUAUUUCUGGGGGUGGAAACAAGGGUGAGGGAGGUCCUGGCUCAAAUAUUUUGCCCCCUUAUGGUCACCUGGGAGCCCUCAUGAGAAAAGAGCUGUACCUACUCCAGACAAAGUCCAGAGGAGCUGGUAUUUACAACUGGCAAAUCGUGUCAUAGUCUUUUGAAAUACACCCGUACUAAAACCAGUAAUUCUAGAGAAAAGCCUGCUUCCAACACGCUACUAAAUGAAGGCCGAACAGGAAUAAAUCAAGCAGAAAUGUUCUCAACAGUUCUGUAUCAAAGGCUCUAGAAGCUACCGCACAGUCCUAGGUACAAGUCCAGCAGGAAAGAAAUCACUUACCUCAAGCAAAUGGAAAAGACUAGAGGUUCAGAGUGAGCAUUGCAAUAGCCUGGCUGGUGAAACACCUGAAUGUAAGCAUCUGAGAUCAGAUCGUAGGGAGCUUUGGACGCUACUGGAAUGGCUGCAGUUUCCACAGAAAGGCUUCAGAGAAACAUGUUUCCAUUGCUGAAGGAGUCCCAGCCCUUAUGCAGAAUGUAAGGGUUUAAAAAAGUUCUUUGGCUUCCUUUUAAGAGAGUAAACGAAUUAUGGGCCACAUUUUUUUUUUUUUUUUGUAGAGACAGAGUCUCACUGUACCGCCCUUGGGUAGAGUGCCAUGAUGUCACAUGGCUCACAGCAACCUCUAACUCUUGGGCUUACGCGAUUCUCUUGCCUCAGCCUCCCAAGCAGCUGGGACUACAGGCGCCCGCCACAACGCCCGGCUAUUUUUUUGUUGUUGCAGUUUGGCCGGGGCUGGGUUUGAACCCGCCACCCUAGGCAUAUGGGGCCAGCGCCCUACUCACUGAGCCACAGGCGCCGCCCCUGGGCCACAUUUUUAUGUAUGACUCUAAGAGAUUCAAAACUUUGAUGGCUAUGAUCACCACAUUAGGGUGGAGGAAUAAAAACAAAAGGAAAGCUUGGCCAGUGGGCAAAGUGCUCAUUGAUGAAUUCAAGGAGGAGCUGGCCUUACAUAAUCUCGUCAUGCUGAUAUCCAUCUGAAAACUGCCAGUUCCAGUAUCCCAUGAACCUUAAGAUGAUGAAGUAGAGUGUAAGCUACCAGAACAGGUGCUACGGCCACCCGCAAAGCAGGUGUGGACGAACAGCUGGAAAGAGACUAGACAUGGCUCCCACCGCAGGGACUGUGGACAAGUCCAAAUGCUGGUACUUU